CCAGCACAGCAAGCCACGAUUCGUCAACAAAGUGCGAUCGAACAGAUGUGAUGACGGACGUGCGCUGCUGAACUUGGUCUCAAUUUCAUCAGAAUUUCUUAAUCCCGGGGACCAUCCCUGGAGCCAGCAGCUUUCGCAUAGUUCGCACGGUACAACCACCGCGAAAGUUUGCUCUGGUGGAAGCAGAAUACGCUGGCAGCACGGGUGUGUAGCACGGACAUCGUUCGUGUGUGUUUUAUCGGCAGCUAUCGUACGUGUGUUCAUAUGGGUGCGAUUUGCAUUUGCGUCGCAAAAGAUUUGAGCCGUCGUGUCGUGUUCAAGCACGUUCCUGCCUAUGCCCCCGUUUCAAACGUUACCAUUGCGUGGUGUUUCAGCAUUUCAGUGUCCCAAAAGCUAGUCCCCCCGUUCGUGUUGGUGAUUGAUGAAACUGAAUCCACACAAGUAGGCGUAGUUGCGAGGGAGGUGCGAGUGGUAGACACCAAACGUCACAUUCCCUUUUUCAUGGUGCUAUCGAACAGUGUUCUAAUAAGCGCACUCUGCAGUGCAACUAUGCUUCCGUGCUCCUCGGUCUUGUGUAGUGGUGUGGUGUGGAAUAGGUGCUAAAGGAUAGAGCUUUGUGCAGCUGCUGUGUAUGCGCCCCAUGCCUACACACCCAUAUCAACCGGGAACAACACAUCCCACGUACGAAGAGAACGAAUGCGCCUGAUGCAGGAGAGCAGCUAAAUGGUGAAGAUGAAAUCAUUUUGCACGCGUGUGUGUGGAUGUCUUCGGACUUGCAUGCUAUGUGUAGUGGUGUGAAUCCCGCGGUGCAUCACUGUGUUUCCCACCAACAUUUUCCGACUGCACGGUUUUUGCGGAGUUUUAAAAUUCUUAGAGUGCGCGGUGCGUGUGUGUGACUGGCGUAGAUUAUUCAUCCUAGCAACCAGGAAGUUGCAUGGAAGUGAAGUUUGCCGACAAUGACGAAUAACGCAGGCUGGGUCAAAAACUGACUUGAGUGGAGCUAUACGAGAACAGUAAUAGAUUAGCUUAGCAACCCUCUGUUCGCUGUUAACCGCUGGCAGCAAAAAAACAUCCGGAUGAACGGUGAGAACGGCGCAGGGCCAGACAGCAGUGGCUGCGAUGGUGACACGGAAUAUGAUGCUCCACCGGAAAUUGCGGAUGCUGCCGCGUCGUCGGUACGCUGCCCGUCGGAGUGGUUGGAGGUGGACAGUUUGCGAGACAUUUUCGAUACGGCAAUUCAGUCGAAUGUGGACGCCGCACCGGAAGCUACAGGAUCCAACGAUGGGGAUAUCGAGCCAUCCCUGUUUGCUAGUGGAAGCAACUCGCUUGAUUACGCACCAGCCCCAUCCACACCUAUUCGCAUCUCACGGCCUAAUCGCGAGUUUUCCCACGCUAUCCAGAACGCCCUGGUAGAGGAAUGUCCUUUCAUGUACGACACCAAUGGAGGGAACGAACCAUGCUAUCCGUCCUCCAGCAAUGCUCGCCGAGUUCCGGCGAUGCUGUUAGGUAGCGGUAACACAUCCGCCGCCGUAACGGAUCCACCAACAGCUCCAACGCCCAUCAUGCCUAUUCCACCGGCCGCAGUGUUUCCUUCCGCAUCGGCAUCGUCCUCGCCCUCCCGCACCCGGGUGCGUUACGAUUAUUCGAAGCAUAGUCAUCCGGUUGGGUUCGGUUCGAUGUACCGGCAGUAUCAUCAGCAGCACCAUCAUUCGCAUCACCACCCCGGCGGUGGCUCCUCCGCGUCGUCCUCGUCGUCGUCGUCGGGCACUUUUGGAGCGCACGCAAGUCAUGGAGGGCGUACCUUUGCGAAUGAUACACCCGUGCCAAAUCAGCACCACUAUCAGGUUCACUAUCGCCAUCAACGCACACCGUCCACGGAAUCGUACGGGUAUUCCACCAACGAAGCAGCCGACAUACCACCAAGGACGACCAGCAGCGAAAUCCGGCGCGCUCGCAAGCGGUACAUCGACGGUGAGUGUAUAGAGCGCCCACCGAGCAACCACUGGACCGGGCGAACGCCCUCGGAAAGGAGAGGCGCCUGUGUUGGAGAAGCGGCGUCAGCUUCAUCGUCCGGUUCGGUAGCGGUAAAGCUCGAACCUAACAAAGCCGUAGACACAUCGAUGGCGAUGGUCAAUGGUAGUGUGGCGCCGGUUAAGAUGGAACCCCGUACACUCACGCCCGUCCCCGACCGAGACUGUCGUACACCUCCCACACCGACCAGGGACGAACCGCCGGUGGAAAUGUUGGAAGCAGUGAAGAUUGAAGCUUUUGAAACGAACUCUGCCGGCGUCUCGCUGUGUACCAUUCCAACCAACGGUGGCGGCAUCAGUGCCGGUACGUCACGGGUGUUUGGAAGGGUUCAGCAGCAGCCCAACAUUCGGCCUACUACUGCCUCUAGCAGCCAGGGUACGAUUAAGCCAGAACCUUCAAACAGCGGCGACUGCUUUUGUCAAGAAUGUGCUCGCAUGCGUCAGCGAGAUAGCGGAGAAGGAAGAUACAGCAACCCACCGGUCAAACGGGAGUGUUACUCGUGUUCUCCUGCACCGGCGCCACCCUUUCCGCCUCCCUCCUCGGCCGUGGUUCCAUCGAAUGAGCCACCGUUAUCGGAGUCGAAGCCGGCGGCGGUCGUUAAAUCGGAACCGACGGACGCCCAAUCGGGCCCUAAACCUGAAGCUCCGACCGUCAAGUCGGAGGUAGAAGCUCCUCCAGAACCGUCGCAAUGUUGCCCAGCAGAGCCGGUAACGGUAGCGAGCUUUUCGGACUCUAGCUCCAGUGCGGUACCGAAUGGCACCGGCGCCGCACCACAGCGGCUUAAUCCCUCGUCAGGCGGACGGGAAGAAUCGUCAAUGCCGGGUCCGAGUGGGCUGAAUCGGCGCAUCGGCACACCAAACGCCAACGGUCGACCUUCUCGAUGUCGCCCAGCGUUUGUGCAGAACCGUUUGAAGCGCUUUUCGUUCUGCAGCGAUGAUUACGUGGACGAUGAGGAUGAUGACGACGACGACGAUGACGAUGAUGACGAUGAUGAUGACCACCUGUACAACAAUCCUGCCAGCUAUAUAAAGCAUGAAAUGGACGAGGACGUGAUUCUUGUGGAGGAUGAGAGCAAGAAAAGGCACAACAAGUGCGCGUCGGGUCCGGUUGCUGCAGCCGACCGUACGCUCACGCCGAUACCCGUUGCGGAACGGCCGCCGGUGCCGGACAGUCAAAAUGGGGCAGACGUACCCACAUCUGGAGCCAGUGCCGGUGAGCAAACGGCUGCUCAGCCCGCACGUCGACUGUUCGGUUCGGACGCACUCGAUCCACAUCCCGACCUGCAGCUGGAUUGGAUUACGGACUCGAGCAGCAUCAGCAUCAGCGAUGACAACGAUGACGUCAUUAUGGUUGACCGGGCCGAUGGUGAGGGUGCUUCGGCGGCGGCUCCUCCCACCGCCACCACCAGUGCCAGCGGCAGGGAAACCGCAGCUGUGCCAAGAAAGCAGCGCCGCACCAAGAACCGACCGCACGCCACGUCCCGCGGCGAACCGAUCGAUCUGACCAACGAUUCGGACGACGAUACCGAUCUGGAGGUGCGAUCCAUCCCGGACCACAGCACGGCAUCGCGGACCGGCGGAUGGGCCCAGGAACGGGCCGCGUGGUUGCGCCGGUUGCGCACCGAGCGCAGCAAUCCGUCGACCAUGCGCCGCCAGCUGUUCCGCGCACUGCUACCGAACCCGAUGUUCGCGCGCGAUAUAGAUCUGCUGAUGGCCGCACCUUCGCGCCGACUGUUCAACACGACGAACGUGCGUACCGACACUCCGCCGCCCACCGCCCUAUCGUCGACCCGUGCGUACCGUAGCUACACACCGCCGCCCGCCGCACCGCGAACCUGCCUCGAACGGCGGCAUCAUCCGCUGGCGUUGAACGCAACGGCGCAUCGUACCUCGCCGCCAAACGAUCAGUGGGAGGGCGGCAGCCGCCGGCGUUAUUCGCCCCGCAUACGGCAAUCCCUUAACCGGCGCUGGAACUUCUACUAUCCCAGCUGUCCAACGGUGCGCGAGUGUCGCGGUUGGCGAUGCGUGGCCGUGAACGAAUCGGGACGUCCAGCGGCCGGUACGCGCAACAAUCACAAUCACCACGUCCACCACCACCACCAUCACACGGUCGAGAAUGGGUCGACGAGCUGCACGUUCUGCUCGCGUGCCCGCAGUCCCGGCGCAAUGCAAACGAUCGCUCCGUCUCCGUUGCUGUCCACCUCGUACGCGCCCGGGUCGUCGCGUUCGCUCGAUGCCGGCCAGGAAGCGGACGGUGGGUCACCCGCGUCCAAUCCACCUCCGACCGAUGUGGUUGUGCUCGAUCCACCGAACGAGGGCGAAGACGAUGGGUGCUACGGUUACCCACCACCGCGCCAUUGCGACCGGUUCGGUGCACUGUCGAGUGGGGGGGGUGCGCGCCCAGGGACCGGUGAUGGCGUGACACCCGGUACGGCCGGUACGGUGAUCGACAACACGUCGCUCGGCAGCUUCGUGGGGGGCGGCAAUCAUCAUCGUCCCACGAACCAUACCUGUUCCCCGAACUACGCGUGGCGCAGCGCCAACCCCGCCUACGAGCCUCCCCUGCUGAUGAUGCGAAGGCGCGACAAUAACGCCCCCCCACUGCCGUCCGUCAUCACCGUCAGCGAUAGCCCGAUCGACUACUCGGCCGCUCCCACGCCUACCCCGGCCACCGUGCCCGUGCCGGAUCGAGCCCGGAGGGUGGUGUUCUCCGCGACGCCUCCCGCUCGGCGGAACUUCAGCGACUGCAACAAUAAUGCCACUGCAGCUGGUGGAGCGACGACCCGGCCCCCGAACGGUGGUGACGGGUGGGACGCGGGAUACGAGAGCGUGGUCCCGGACGGCAGCGUUUGGGGCCCGUCCGCCUCGCUCGAGGCGCGCGUUCCACUGCCAGCGCCGUCCGUGUCGCCGCCGUCGAGCGGCUUCUCGCACUACAACGAUCUGCGGCAACGGUACACGCAGCUGCAGCAGCACAUCGACGGCAUCGGCACGUCGGCGAACCGUUUGCGCUCCCAGCGACUCCCGUACGCACCGCACGAAAGACUCUGGAUGCGGCAGCACCAGGCGCUCGAGACCCAGCGCCGCAUGAUGUCGGUCGUGAGCGGAGGUGAGCAGCUGCCGCCACCGCCCCACACCACCAGACCACCACCCGGCCUGUUCGAGUCGGUGUAUCCGUACAUUGCAGCGGCAGCAGGCGGUGCUGGAGCAGCAGCAGUAGCAGCAGGGACGGUCGCAGCGGCGGCCACCAACGGCGCAUCCGCUUCCUCCCCAUCCUCAGCCACGGCCGGCUCGAACGUUCCACGGCUGAGUGCGGCCGCAGCGCUCGCAUCCACCCUGUACCCGCGUCCCCCCACCAACCUAGCUCACCAACAUUUCCAUCCUCACCACCAUCAUCACGCCGGCGUUGGCGGCGACCAGUCCGGAUCGGGAUCGGUCAGCCAAUCGGGUGCCAACGCUUCGACCCGCGGGCAAGCACCCUCGUCGUCCUCGGCGUCCUCGUCGUCCUCGCUGUCAUCGGCGGCCCGCGUUAGUCUCGAGGGUGAGGAUUACGUGCGGCUGCAGGCGGCGGUACGCAGCAACAUUAUGCUGCCAUACCACCGUUACAACUCGGCGCUACAACCGGCCAACACGCGCACGACUGCUGCUAGCUCGGCGGCAGACCAGGGGCUGAAUCUACGCGUGCAUCGGCCCGUGCGGCGCGUCACAAACGAGACCAACUAUAUGUACCGUCGAAACGAUCAUCAGCACGUGCACCAUCACAUGUACCAUCAUAUACCGACGCAGGGCAACUUUCUCGGCAGCCAUCCGGAGAUACAGUUCAGCAUUGGGCUGCGACCCAGCUUACUGUCCAGCCUGAACCGGUUCGUGCGCGUGAUGGAAGAUUCCUGCACCAGUCGCGGUGCAACGCAGGAGAUGAUCGAAACGCACACCUUCCCGCACAAGUACAAACGAUUACGGCGCGUGAGCGAAACGGACGAGGAUAGCGAAAAGUGCACGAUCUGUCUGUCACAGUUCGAGAUUGACAACGAUGUUAGACGGCUGCCGUGCAUGCACCUCUUCCACAAGGACUGUGUCGAUCAGUGGCUGGUCACGAACAAGCACUGCCCCAUCUGCCGGGUGGACAUCGAGGUUAACUUCAACAAGGACUACAGCAUUUGACAACCGGCCGGAGGCGAACGUAUGGUGGCGGGGCGCGCGACCCGUCCGCUCACGGCACGCGAGCGACACCGCCGGUACCGCCAGUUCUACACCGUCGCCCUUCCCGUCGUGCUGCCUGAACGGCGCCGGUCGGCGGUGGCGGUGCAGAAUGAUGGAAGAGAGGGAGAAGAAGAAGAAGAAGAAGGAAUGGGAGGGGAGGGUGAUGAUGGAGAAGAAGGAGGAGGGGGGGAUGCGGUCAACGAGGAAGCGCCUACGCCCCGGUCCGGGAUUUCGACGAAUGCCGAUCGCUACCCGUAGGCCGUAGGCGCGUCAUUGGUGCAUUUGCCACGAAGCGUCUUCCCGAACUUUCUGGAGUGUGUAACUAAAUGUGUAUUUGUGAAGGGUAGAGAAAUAUGAAAGAAUAUAGGAUCUAAUUAUAAUAAUAUAAACUUGCUGGGACUGUGAAAACAAUAAAACUUCAUUUGCUAAGUGUAAA